GUCCCCAGUCGGAAGUGGAGUUGCCUCCCCUGUUCUCCAUUGGACCACCACGCCGCCAGUCGUGCAGCUGAAGCGAACGAGCUCUCCCCGGCUCUCGGGGCUCCGAGAACGCCGUCAUAUUGGCUGCUGGAGGCUGCAGCUACUAGCUCGUUGGCGAAGAAGACAGUCGGUGGCUGUAAUUUGAUUACGCCUUUCAAAUGAUUUGAACAGUAGUUGCCAAAUGUUUUGAGAUCUAGGGAUGACACCAUGAAGGAUCGUCGGACCUUAUGCGCCUUUGUCCGACGCUGUGGUGAGCCAAAAGGAUAUAUGCCUGCUCUCGUUCAAUAGCCAUUUUUUUGCAGACAAAGAAGGCUGUUGAAUAGGGCUCUCCAAAAAGGCACAAGGGUCCCUGGGACUCUUUUUGCAAACAAAUUCAGCAAUAUGUGGAGUAACUUGAAAAGCAAAUGCCAAACUCUCUUUCACAACAACAGUUCAGGACCCAAUGAUGGCAGGAAUGAGGCAGAUGCCGUCCACUGUGUGGUGGAUCACAGCCAGGGAGGAGGCUCAUGUGCGGCUCAGGCAUCAGAAGUCUCUACUUCAUCAAGUAGCCUCCUUCCAGUGGCAGUGGUAACCGUAGGGCGUCGUCAUCACAAUUGUGUCUCAACCACCCCUCAGAUUGUAGAGAUCACUAUUGACAAGGACACAGAGGAUGCAGGUGGCGGAUCAGGGGGAGUGCCCUCGGCUCGCAGAGACUCUUAUUCCCGUCAUGCUCCAUGGGGGGGCAAGAAAAAACACUCGUGUUCCACAAAAACUCAAAGUUCUUUAGAGAUAGAUAGGCGUUCUGGACGCCUACGAGGAAGUGGAAACCGUAGAGAUCGACGCUACGGAGUCUGCUCCAUCCAGGAGAUGAGCGACUCGUUGUCUGGAGGACGCAGUUUGAAUGGUCGGUCGUUACGUCAGCGACUAAGCGAUACUGUGGGCCUUUGCUUACCACUAACUGCUAACAGACGGUCUUCGAAGAACCCUGUUAUUUCCAAACGAAAGAUUCACCUGACAGAGCUCAUGCUGGAGACAUGCCCCUUUCCACCAGGCUCAGACCUUGCCCACAAGUGGCAUUUGAUCAAGCAGCACACAGCGCCAGUCAGCCCACAUUCCUCCACUGCCCUGUUGGAUGCCUUUGACCCAGCACACCCGGCUCCUGAGGAUGAGGAGGAACGUCUGCGGGAACGCCGCAGACUUAGCAUCGAGGAAGGUGUGGACCCACCGCCUAAUGCACAGAUUCACACCCUUGAGGCUGCCGUGCCAGGCUCAUCUGUCUACAAACUGGGACCAAAGAUGGCUCCUGGCAUGGGGGAUGCCCCUGGUGAAGGCCGAGCCUCAGGAUCAGGAGCUGGUAGUUCUUUGGGAGCUUCAACAUCGGGGGCCUGUGGACAGGUGUUGGGGGCUGCCGCUUCAGCCCUGGACACUGAUUCCGAGGAGGACUCGACAACGCUCUGUCUGCAGGCCAGGAGACCGAAACAAAGGCACGCCUCUGGGGAAGGUCACCUGAGCAGACAGCAACCUGGGCCCUGGAAGGUUCACACCCAAAUAGACUACAUCCAUUGCCUUGUGCCAGAUUUAUUGCAGAUCACAUCCAUGCCGUGCUACUGGGGUGUAAUGGACCGCUACGAGGCUGAGUCACUGCUGGAUGGACGUCCGGAGGGCACCUUCCUGCUGCGUGAUUCGGCCCAAGAGGACUACCUUUUCUCUGUCAGCUUCCGCCGUUAUAACCGCUCACUGCAUGCCCGCAUCGAACAGUGGAACCACAAUUUCAGUUUUGAUGCGCACGAUCCUUGUGUUUUCCACUCUUCCACGGUCACAGGACUGCUGGAGCACUACAAGGACCCGAGCGCUUGUAUGUUUUUUGAACCUCUGCUCACAGCACCUCUCCAUCGGACAUUUCCCUUCAGCCUGCAGCACCUUGCACGGGCAGCCAUCUGCCGCUGGACCACUUAUGAUGGGAUAGGCUCUCUGCCGCUGCCCCCUGCCUUGCAGGACUUCCUCAAGGAGUAUCACUAUAAACAGAAAGUUAGAGUUCGCUGGCUGGAAAGGGAGCCGCCGUUAAAAGUCAAAUAGUGGUCUUUGUCUGUUGCCUGUACAACCAUGGAGGAAGAUUACAGAACUUGAGAAAUGCCUCAUCAAAGGCUACGGUGACUGACUGACUGACUAACCUCUUUCCAGUGCAGGUUUGAGUUCAAAUGUAAACACCUAUACAAGAUUCAUUCUAUUCUCUAUUUUACUUAUUACUUACUGAAAAGCAUAUGAUUAUAUUCUGUGUAGUGCUGCCUGGCUAGCACAAAUGAUUGAGUUCAAUUAUAUAUAUAUAUAUAUAUAUAUAUAUAUAUAUAUAUAUAUAUAUAUAUAUAUAUAUAUAAGUACAGUAUAAACAGUAUAUAUUUUGGAUGAGUGAGGGCAGGGAGGAGUAGCACAAAUAGUGCAAAAACAUCAUUGACUUCCUGCUUUGCCCUUUACGUCUGCCUGAUUCCAAAACAUCACCCUCCUUGUAAGCCUGCAUGCAUGCCUCCCUGUCUAUCCCCAAAAAGUUCAAAUAGCUAUAAAGCCACAUUCUGUAGCUACAUUGUACAGGUCACUUUUUUGCACUCAGUUGUUUUUCUUGUCCAAACACACAGAGAAACACCUUUCCAAGAGGUUUUUAAGGUGUGUGGUUGUGAAGGCAUCUGGAAGUGCUCUUGGUAUGUUGCAUUCUGGCCUUGUCUCAUGGAUAAAGCUACAUAAGCCACAUUAUUUGCCAUCUCUUUGCACGAGCAUUAGCUAAACGAGACGGCUGGAUUCUGAGAGGGCCCAUGGAGUUCAGGAAAGUAGAUCAGGGAAAUUAAGUGCUUUUUAAAGGAUUAUACGUUAUUAACGACACGUGUUUCUCAACAGUGAUGGUGAAUGAUAAAUAAUAAACCAGCCUAUUGUUUCAUACUUUAUACGAUAAAACUUGUCUACUUUAUUCUCGCUGUAAGGAUUGGCUCUGUACUCAUGCUCCUACUGAAACGCAGUACAUUUCUUCCCGGAUGACAUUUAAUCAAAACUUGGCGUCUGUCUCGGUUCAGUUCAAUCGUGCUGUUAUUUAACAAAUUCAUCAACUUCAUAAAAACUUAUCUUAUAAUAAUCUUGAUUUAGUGACAGAGUGAAUUUAAGUUGUAUUUACCGGCCACUUGGACUGUGUUCAUCACUUCUUUUUUGAUAAAUGGGAAGGGGAGUACAUUUUACAAUGGGUAUGAGACGACAAUCAAUAAAUCUAAAAUUCGGGCUGUAGUUUCUCGUGGCUGUGUGGGUCACUUACGAUUCAGAGGAUUGGAUAGGAAAUGGGGUGUCAGUUAUCAAAAAGAAUAGUUGCAAAACAUAAAAAAUAUUUGGGGGAAAACAUGGAGUACAAUUUUUCUUUUUUAAGUAAUUUCAAAAGAUCAUUAUAAAUUACUGCAUCCUGGUUCUAUGUCACCCAUUUAACAAUCUAUCGUGUGGCAUUGAGACUUUACGAAACCACGUUGUUUGUGCCAUAGUAUUCUGUGCAGUAUGCAUCAUGCUGUGGUCAAAGUUCAAUUUUGUUGCAAAUCAUCCUGUACGCCACAGAGCCAGCCAUGAGACGUAAUGGCUUUCAGAACAUAGUGGUGACUGUGAUGUUUUGAAUCUGAAGGCCCCAAUACUUACACAACUUUAGUGUAACCUAUGUGCCUUUUGUAUUAAAUUAUUUCUUUUCUUUAAAUUCGUAGCAUUAUUGUGCUUCAUCACGGUCCACUGAUCCCAUCAAAUCACAAUGAAACAAAAUGUCAUAAAUAGGUGCAUAAGCUCGAAACUCUUUUUCUCGCAGUACACAUGAGAGCUUUGUAAAGACUACAAGCUUACUGGUGCUAAAUUGGAUUAGCCACAGCAAAUUCAUUUAGAUAAUUGAAGGGUCCCGAGAUUAUGAUUUCAUCUGCAUGCGAUUGUCAGCAAAAGGACGCCUUAAACGACUUGGGCAUUUCUUGCUGAACCUUUAAAAGAAGGAUAGUAAAAAAAAGAAAGAGAGGGAGGAAAAAAAAGGUUCUUACAUGUAUUGCUCUCUCCAUGUAAAUUUUUGGGGUAGUUUAAUAAUGCAAAACAAUAUGGGUCCAAUGCCAUCGCUUCUGUUUCAUAUAACAUUGAUUGUCAAGCACAACACUUUUUGUCUUGCAAAUUCACAAAAUCUACCUUAAUGAGAGGAACCAAUUUAAAUUAAAAAAAAAAAGUUUUUAUUCAUUAUCAGAUUAAAACUGUAUGUCCUACAUAGCCUUUUGAAAGUUCUUCCCAAUAAUCAGCUGUAUUAAUGUGCUUUCUACCAUUAAACAAUGGCUCAGUCAUGUAAAUUGACACCCUCAUGGCAUUUCAAGUCUCAACACAUUACCUUUUGUUUGUCAUUAUCAUCGAUUUAGAGAUAUUCUGAACAAGCACGUUUUUUAUUUAUUUUACACUUGUAUUGCCAUUGAAGAAGUGUGACCAAUUGAGUUGACUAACCGGGUGGUCAUUGUUGCUGUGCUGUAAUAGUUCUAUGUUGUGCUAAGUCAUAUUUGACAUUCUGUUAAACAGACAGAAUUUGACAUAAUUUUCUUGGUUAAUGGGAAAAACCUGGACCCUUUCUGUUCAACCUUAAAUUCUAAAAUCUCAUGCACUUAUCUAUACCCUUCACACAUUUAUUUUGGACUUCUAUAGAUGUAAUAUCAAUAUGCCUCAUGGCUCACUAACCAAUAUUUUGUCUCCACACUGUGAAUUGGUCAAAAUAUAUAAAAGAAAAAUAUACAAUAAUAAAGAGAAAAUAACAAAAAAUAUAAAUCUUUGAAAGAGAGGAUUUUCUUUGCUUUAAAAAAAAAGGGGGGGGGUGUAAGGAAUAUUGUGUCAGAAAUUAAGUGAUAUGCACUACCCUUUAUACUAUUGCUAUCGUAGCAUAACUCCUUAAAUUGUCCUUUUCCCUGAGCCACUGCAUUUGAAUUUUCCUGUAAUUCGUCACUCUCCAUCUUGCCACAGCCCUCCUCAUGACUUGUACAAGUCUCUCAGGGUAAGAAAAAGGCUCAAGUCCUGAGCUAGUAAAAGAUGGCUACUGUCCCCUGAAUACUCUUGCCUGCUAAGACUACAAGAUCUUUAUUUUUUUUCUCUCUUAAAUUAACUGCACUUUGUGUAUUUGUGUUAUACAGUGCAACUGGUGAGUCUUAGAACAGUGAUGCUUUUUUGUCUUUUUUUUUUUUAAUUCUGUCAAAAGCCACAAAUGAAUCCACAUUUGUUUUUUGAUUCAAACCUUACUCGUAGCCCAUUACAGUAUAGGGCAAGUAACUAAGAAUGGGCAUUCAAAAAAGACAAAAGGCCCACAAUUGAGCAUAGGUAAAAUUAAUGAUCACAUUUUUUUUUUUUUUAAAGGCUGUUAAUGCGGUAGGAAAGGAUGUUCAGAACUCUCGUUGUGUGUGUGUGUUGUAUAAGUGUUGUAUUCAACUUUUCAUAGCUGUCAUGUUUUAUGCAUGGCAAACUCGUUGUGACUGAAUCAACAGCGCCCCUGCUGGUUGCAGCUAAGUCGUGCACUGCAUGUUUCUUCACAGGAUGAACAAUGAAUUCUGCACAAUCAACUGAAUUAUUAACGAUCAAAUCAAUUUAUAAGCCCAUCCAUAUACUGGAAAAUACCAUUCGGCAAUGAAAGUUGCUGAACAUAAAACUAAUACUGUUAAAUAAAAUUUUAUGUUAUUAUUAGAAAUAUAAUUGGGUAAAAAGGUAUAAAGUUACUGCUUAUGUUGGUGCCGAUAAAUAAUUCCAGAUCUAGGUUGAAGUUGGCAAAUUACAAAUGAUUAUUUUUAUGAUCAGGUAUAGCAUUUUUUUAAAUUAGAAAUUUAGAAAGGUUUCCACCUUGUUCAUGCUACACUGGUUAAAAACCUGCCAUUGGCUUUGAAGAUGGUUGAAGGCUUGAAAUCAGUCUACUGAACAAAGCUAAAUGGAAAGAUGGGUGUCGUCAUAAUACCCACCGACUGCACUCUACUCGUGUGUGUUCAUAUAAAGCGACGCCUGAAAGUCCUGAACUCAUUCAUUUAGCUUCAGGCAACAAAAACAAAUGUGAUAGGAGUUCCAGCAUGCUGCUGUGAGUGUUGAGUGGGAAAUCCCCGUGGAAAGUAUGCAGAGAUGACUGUGAGGGGCAUUAACUCCUGUGAACAACGCCUCUGUUCAUAUUCCACUCCCUUAAAAUUCAAGUCAGUCCAUUUCAAGGAUGCUCACAGGACUCUCUGAACCCAAGCUUUUUCCCCAUGGGAAGUUUUUGAUAUUAAUGCUAGAAUAUUAACGUAUAACUGAAUUGACAAGAUUAUGAGAAAUAAACCAUUGUUAAUAUGAUCUAUAGUGAAGUGACGAAGCCUGAUGAAGAUUUUUUGUUGUAAGUUGGUGCAUGGACACACACACACACACACACACACAUUCAUGCAAAACGUGGACCACAUUUAGCCAGCACCAUGUUUGUGUGAUUUAAAAAAAAAAAAAAAAAAGCAUGAGAGCCAAGAUGGGCAUCUACAUUUAUAUUAUUUACAAAAGGAAAAUGUUUGCUUUUAAGAUUCACUAUGAGUAGCCUUGUUUGUGGCAAGACACCACCAGGUCUAGAUGAGAGUCAGGCAGAUUGGUUUAAGAAAAGAAUAUUUAAAAAGAAAAUCCCCAAAUUUAUAUUUUUUAAACGGAUGGUUUAAAUGCUGUAUGCAAACAGAAAUAUAUGAAUGAAUGAGUUGAAUUUUUCAUUUUUACAUCUCCCCAUUAUGCAACAGAGUCUAAUGUAACAAUGGUUGCAGUCCUGUCACUUUAAUGCUGUAUGUGCACAAAUUUGUUUCUUUGUGGAUGUGGGUGCUGGGGCAACAGGACUUAACAAUGAUGCCAACUAAUGAUUUUCACUGCAGUACAGCCGUGCAUUCCCCCAGACUGCCUUUUUCAUUCUGACCAAUCCCAAUCUCAAUCCCUUUAAAUGUAGGACUGCAGCCACUGCCCCAGGCUGGCCAAUCUCACGUUAGACAAAUAUCGCUGUUUCAUUUAUCUCAAUCCCACAGCUCCACCUGUUUUCUUUUUCAGUAACAUAGCAUUCGGUGUGUGUAAAUGGCAUAAUCAUGUUCAUGUUUCACUGUUUGUUCUGUAUGUUUGCCUGCAAAUCAAAGAGAGCGUGAGGGGGUGAAAAAGUGUUCCAGUUCAACCUGUUCUUUUAGAAGAGUCAUGAUGCUAUACAUGUAGCUGUCACUCUUGGUGCUUGGCUUCUGCUUCAUUGUCUUAAUAUUCCAAUAAAAAAAACUAAGUGUCAA